AUGGACAGUGGUGGACCGAGCAUGGCGGGGGAGGAAGAUAUUGAUCUCUACGAGCUCCUCGGUAUUGAUAAGGAUGCUUCGCAGGAUCAGAUCAAGAAGGCAUACCGAAAGGCUGCUCUUCUUCACCACCCCGACAAAGUCCCCGAGGAACGCAGAGAGGAGUCGGAAGCCAAGUUCAAGGCUGUCAGCCAGGCCUACGAAAUCCUUAAAGAUGAGGACAAGCGUCACCUCUACGACACCCAUGGCAUGGCCGCAUUUGACCCCUCGCGAGGCGGCCCCGGCGGUCCCGGCGGCGUCGAGGUCGACUUGAACGACAUUCUGUCACAAAUGUUCGGUAUGGGCAUGGGCGGCCCCGGUGGCCCUGGCGCCGGUCCCAGAAGACCGCGUCGCGGUCCCGAUGAGGACCAGCCUUACAAGGUCACACUCGAGGAGUUGUACAAAGGCAAGACCGUCAAGUUCUCCGCAAACAAGCAGGUUGUCUGCGGCACCUGCAAGGGAUCCGGCGCCAAGGCAAACGUCAAGCCCCAGCAGUGCGAGAAGUGCAGAGGCGCCGGUAUGGCAGAGGCCUUCCGCCAGGUCGGCCCGGGUAUGGUCCGCAAAGAGACUGUUAUUUGCGAUCGUUGCGAGGGAUCCGGAAACUUCUGCAAGGAGAAGGACCGCUGCAAGAAGUGCAAGGGCAAGCGCACUACCUCCGAGACCAAGGUCCUCGAGAUUUACAUUCCCAGAGGUUCCCAGAACGGAGAGAGGAUCGUGUUGGAGGGCGAGGCGGACCAGUUCCCAGACCAGACCCCCGGAGACAUUGUUUUCCACUUGGCCGAGGAGCCCCAUGACGAGUUCACUCGCAUCGGCAACGAUCUCUCUGCCGAGCUGAAUGUCUCUCUUGCUGAGGCUCUCGGUGGCUUUUCCCGUGUUGUGUUGACGCACCUUGACGGCCGCGGUAUUCAUAUGGAAAGACAGCGCGGCGAAAUCCUCCGCCCCGGUGACAUCCUCAAGGUCGCUGGCGAGGGUAUGCCUCAGAAGCGCGGCGAAGAGAAGGGUGACUUGUACCUGAUUGUCAAUGUUGAGUUCCCCGAGGAUGGCUGGUUGAAGGAUGAUAAAGAGUACGAUGCUCUGAACAAGCUCCUUCCUCCCCCUCCUCCUCCCAUCACAGCCGAGGAGGUUGAUGAGGUUGAGUACGAAGAGGUGGAUAGCCUGGAUUCGAUGGGCGCCAACUCGGGAGACCCGCGUUUCGGUGGCGAAUGGGAAGACGAAGAUGAAGACGAUGGCCAGCCUCAGUGCCAGCCUCAUUUGGGCAUCAUCCCCCUCAUGAAUGAAAGGCAGCCCGCGAUACACGGUUGUUAUAUCGCUUCUCAACCUUGGUGCAGUCGUAUAGCGAACAGUGGUGACUCAUGGAAAGCACAAACCGCUUCUGGUUCUGGUAUUAUGGGCUUUGUUGGCCCCGCUAGGGGUCUAUGUACAGGCACGAAGCUCUUCAACCGCCACCAGAGCGACCGCUUUAUGCGCGUUGAUCGAUCAUGGCGCAAGCCCAAGGGUAUCGACAACCGCGUCCGCCGUCGCUUCAGGGGUAACACUGCCAUGCCCUCGAUCGGCUUCGGCUCCAACAAGAAGACCAAGUACAUGAUGCCCUCCGGCCACAAGGCCUUCCUCGUCAGCAACGUCAACGACGUCAACCUCCUGCUGAUGCACAACCGCACCUACGCUGCCGAGAUCGCCCACAACGUCUCCUCGAGAAAGCGCAUCGACAUCAUCGGCCGCGCCAAGCAGCUCGGCGUCAAGGUCACGAACCCCAAGGCCAAGGUCACCACCGAGGUCUAA